AUGAAGGGCAAAAACGAUGUUAUUAUGGAUGUAACCAAAUUGGGACAGUUACCCAUAAUGAAAACAUUAUUGCCAAAAGAAAUUGAGGAUACAAAUCAAAUUGGGAAAAAUUCCAUUUUAAGUCAAGUUACUCAACAUCUGAAUAUUCAUGCUAGGGAGGAACGUUACAAGUGUAAUACAUGUGGGAAAGUCUUUAAUCAAUUAUUAAAUCUAAAUAGACAUAGGGAAAUCCAUACUGUAGGGAAACAUUACAGAUGUGAAGAAUGUGGCAAAGCCUUUAACCGACACUCAAGCCUUACUCGACAUCAGAUAAUUCAUAUUGCAGAGAAGCCUUACAAAUGUACAGAAUGUGGCAAAGCCUUUAACAGGCAUUCAUAUCUUGCCCAGCAUCAGCGAAUUCAUACUGGAGAGAAACCUUAUAAAUGUAAAGAAUGUGACAAAGCCUUUAACUGCCUGAAUCUUACCCAUCAUGAGAGAAUUCAUACUGAGAAGAAACUAUAUAAAUGUACAGAAUGUGGCAAAGCCUUUAACUGGCAAUCAAACCUUGUCCAGCAUGAGAUAAUUCAUACAGGGGAGAAACCAUACAAAUGUGAAGAAUGUGGCAAAGCUUUUAAUUGCCAUUCAAACCUUAUUCGGCAUAAGAUAAUUCAUACUGCAGAGAAGCCUGACAAAUAUAGAUAAUAACAUUACAAGUGUAAUAAAUGUGGGAAAGUCUUUAAUCAAUUAUUAAAUCUAAAUAGACAUAGGAAAAUCCAUACCGGAGGAAAAUAUUACAAAUGUGAAGAAUGUGGCAAAGCCUUUACCCAAUGCUCAGUUCUUAUUCAACAUCAGAGAAUUCAUACUGGGAAGAACCCAUACACUUGCAAAGAAUGUGGCAAAGCCUUCACCCAGUACUCAACUCUUACUCAACAUCAGAUAAUUCAUACUAGAGAGAAACCAUACAAAUGUAAAGUAUGUGGUAAAACCUUUACCAACUGCUCAACUGUUACUCAACAUCUGAGAAAUCAUACUGGGGAGAAACCAUACAAAUGUAGAGUAUGUGGUAAAGCCUUUACCCAUUGCUCAAUUCUUACUCAACACCAGAUAAUUCAUAAGCAGAGAAGACUUACAAAUGUGGCAAAACCUUUAACCAGAGCUGUCACCUCCCUCAACAUCAGAGAGUGCAUGCAGGAGAGAGACUAUACAAAUAUAAUAAGUGAUGAAAGACAUUAG